CUCUAACCAUCCCUCAACACCUUUCCCCAAUCCCUUCAUUUUUUUUCCGUAAAGCGAAUGGCUGUGACGCUAGAGUGGUCCUUCGUAUGAGAGCUUCUUCCUUCUCUGAUUCUGCAAGGACUUUCUUUUGGGACAAAAACUUAAGAACGAGAAAGGAGAGCGAAAAGCCCUACAGGGACAACAGGAACGGCUCAAGAAGAGAGAAAGAAGGAUAUACAAAAGUCAAGGACACAAGGACAGAGGCACUGGAGUGAAAAGCUGGGCCAUCUUAAUACUUCUACGUUGUAUUUGCAACUGCGGAGCCUUCGUCAUUAAGCUGCAAGGCCAAAGGUAACGCCGUCACUCGGAGUACUGAACAGGGUUCAUGCCUGAGGCAUACACCACUUUAAUCCUGAGCUCAAAGCCAAAAGCAAUCUCUGUUUUCUCUCAUAAGACCAGCAGCUCUACAGCCCCCUGUUCUGCCGCGUCGUGAGACAACCAGCCAAUCAUCUCACGUUCUCGCCGGAAAAAAUAUUUAUCCUGCCGAAUAUCUGACCCACUUCCUUCUUCCCAAAACAAAAGGCGGUGAGAACCAAAAUAAACUCUACGCCUAUCCAGGCAGGUGCGUGCACGUGAUUACGUGAGGUUUCAUAGUAGCUUAGAGAAGCUUCGACUGAGGCUCACCAUGGAGCAAUCAGCUCAAAACCCUAUGCAGGGGUUACCUCAUGGCAAUUCCUCACUACCCGCAGAUUACUGGAGCACGCUUGAUCCCGCCUACCCUGAUCCCGAGCAGCAGCUUCAGCAGCCAUCUCAACCCCAACACCAACCUCAACAGCAGCACGAUUCUGCAUCGCAACAAACACCUCUUGGUAUAGGAUGGGACCAUCCUGUUUUUCAGCAGCAACAGAGAGAGCUAGCCCCACGACCGGACCCAAACCAUGGCAUCUACUCGUCAGUGCAUCAGCCUUGGCAGCAAACAAAUCCUCUGCAACAGCCACCGCAACGAGGAUAUGGAGCUUCACCCCAGUAUCAGAUACAUCCACAAGCUCCUCAUUUCCAGCAAGGUCAGAUGUCCUUUGACUCUCGUCCCCUGAGUGCGUCCGAAUCUUCGGCAUUCCCAUCAUUUUCCUACCAGCCAAAUUACUUCCAUCCACAACACCCACACAUCUCAGUGCCAGACACUUUCUCUGAAGCACCUACGCAACAGAGAAUACAGCCACGGCCACAGCAACAACCCCAGCCAUCAAUUUCUCCAUACCCUUUACCUCAAAGCUACUCCUCAGAAAUGCUGCAAAACACAAUUGAUUUGACCAACGAUUACCCUGAUUCAGACCCAAAUGUCACCAUUAAUCCUCAGUUCCUAAAUUCCACCCCGCAGGCAUUCAAUCAACAGCAGUCUUCGUUGGCAAGCAACUUUCUUCAGGGAAUCCCUGCGGACUUCCAAAGACAAGGGAGUGAACAGGCCAGGCUAUUCAAUUACUACCAGCAUGAUCUUUCAGUUCAGUCGCAAAUGGCACCGACUGGCAACCCGGUGCCUCCGCCUAGAGGAUUACCAGUACCGCAAGUUGUAAUCACCAAUAAGAAGGGAGCUUAUACCAAGCAACAAACGAAGAAGACUUCUGGCCGACCGAUAACUGUAUCUAACUCGGAAAGUGAAAGUUCGGAUGAAUCCGAUCUUGAGAUUGAAGCACCCGAUGAACCGUCUCCUAUCCCCCCGAUCCGCCCGACUGAGCCCGAGGCUGCAGCACAGUAUGAUGCUCUCCAAGCCGUAUGGUCACCAAGAAACAAAUGGCCUGGCCCGGAGAAGGUCAAGAAUGCCCUGGUAGCCUACAAGGAUCUUGUUAAAGCAUUGAGAGAUGCAUGGAAGGAACAAGUUCAGGCGAUGAAACUAGCCGAAAACCAAGAGGACAACCAGAAAGCAACCAAACUCAAGGAAAAGGUCAUCUCCCAACGUCGCACCAUGGAUAAAAUUGCGACCACAACAUUGGAAAUGGGUCAUCCCAAUAUUGUUGAGAAGCUGGGAGAGCACCCUAUGAUUGUGGCAGCUCUAUAUUCCUUCUUGGUCGACCGUUUCCAAGCAGCAGACUUUGCUGGGACUCUGACUAUUAAUCUGCUUUCGCUCUUUUCGCGUUUCUCGACUUUGACCGAAGACAUGUUGCAAAAGACCAAUCUUUCCAAAUUGCUGCCUAAGUUCCUCAAAAAAGGUAGCCAGCAGGUUAAGGACCUCACACAGAAGAUCCUGGAUAAUGCUGCGGCCUCUACGAAGCGUAAGCAGGAGGGUGAAAAGCCCACCAAAGAAGAGUCGAAUCCAAACGGCCUUUUAGCAGAUCAGCCAAAGGGAGACGCUGGAGUGAAGCGACCCCGCGAGGCGGAUAGCAAUCUGCAACCUGGCGCAAAACGAAUGGCAGUUGCCAAUACCUUGAAGGAUGCGAAUAAACUUGCACCCGCAAGUAAUGGACCGGCCAAGGGAGCACAAAGUAUUAAGCCAACCGGCGCUGCAGUGCUCCGCCCUAAACCCAAUAUCUCUUUUGGCACUCUAAGCUCGGCGUCAAAGAGACCCGGGACCACAAAUGCGGAUAGGGCUGCCGCCGCCGCUGCAGCAAAGCCAACUGCUGCUCCCGAAAAGGAAAAGACGCCCGCUCCAAAACCAUCUUUCUCCUUCGGAGACAUCAUGGCCGACUUGAACAAACCAAAGCAGGCACCAACUCCCAAGCCUGCCGAAGACCAGCCCCCGGAGACUGAAGAUGAGCGCGCAAAGAGGUUGCGUAAGGAAGAGCGCCGUAAACUUCGCGUAACCUGGAAGCCGGAUGAUGCUCUUACUGAAGUUCGAUUAUUCACCCACGAUCCUGAUGAAGAGUUAGGUCCCGGCGACGGAUCAUUGCGUUCACGGGGAGACAUUAAAGGCGAAGGUAGUGUCCUUAAGCUUCACAAAGAUAUGGACGAAUUGGAAGAAGAGGACCUUGGCGGUAUUCGCGAGACCGUAUUUCAAGAUGGUUAUACUCUUUCGAUGGUCGAUUUCGAUUUCGAGGAAUCAAAAGACGGCAGUUUCGUCAAACGCGGUGGCCCCCAGCUGCCAACGAGUCCCGAGAGGGAGGCUCAGGAGCAUCGGGAAUCUACUACCCUUAUGGUCUUUUAUACUUCUCCUGCCGACAUGCCUGACACACCCAAGGAGCCACCGAAUCCUGGCCCCGACGAUCUUGUUACCGAUGUCUUGCCUUUCGGAGAGUUGCCUGACAUGGUCAAGGUCCGCCAGGAACGCUACUACGCCUUUUUGAACCCCAAGCCUGCGGCUCCCCAGCAAAACCACCAACCGCAGCAAUCGACUCCCGGAGACAGUGGGUUUGACAUCUCGAACUUACUCAAGAUCAUCCAGGGUGUGCCUGGACAGGCACAGCCAAUCCCACCGCCGCAGGCAACUCAACCCGGGGGCAUGCCGGAUCUUGAGAGGACCAUCAACAUGUUCCGGCAGCAACAACCUCAAUCUCAGGUCCCCCCGGCUCCACCGGUACCCACUCCACAGCCUCAAGGCCUUGACUUCAACGCGAUCUUGAAUGUUAUGAAACAAAUGCAGGCGCCGCCUGCAUACUCCCAGCCCCAGCAAUCGCAAUCAGCAAUGGCACCCAAUCUCGGCGCCAUGUUCGCACAAUUCGGUGGACAGAACCAACAAGCUGGUGCUCUCCCAUUCCAACAGCAAGGGAACGACUAUGAAGACCCAGAGCGUAAGCGAGGUCGCGAGGGCGGUUAUUAUGACGACCAGUCUAACUCCGACUCGUGGACCCGCUCGAAACGGACCAGAGUUGGCGCCAGCGAGGCCAAGCCUUAUAAGGUGGGACUCGUCGCUUGCCGAUUCUGGGCUGAGGGCAAAUGUCGCAAGGGCGACAACUGUACUUUCCGCCAUGAUCCUCUCUAAAUGAGAACACGUUAUCGCCACAUGGUUCCUUUUCGACUAAUACCCUUGUACUGCUGUUCUCUACAUUGGAACAAUCCUCCUUUUUCUUAUCUAUGCAUUACUACGUUGGUCUAUGCUUUCUUCAUUAUCUUGUACUGGGUCAUGGAUAUGCAUUUUACAACUAGAAUUUCUCUGGUUGGCGUUCAUCGCACGGUUGCGUUUCAUGGUCUGGGAUGUCGGCACAUAUUGAUUCGUCCUCUGAUUUUCAAAAUCCUUUGCAUGACCCCCUCGGGUUCAGGCGUUUUCUUUUCUUUCCACUUGUUUCGCCUUUGUUUCUCGCUUCGCGGAUGCAUUUAGCGAGGGGUCUCCAUAUCUGGGGGCUGAUAUUAUGGCGCAUGGAUUGAGGGCGAUGACAAACAUGUACAAUUAGGAUAUUAUUAUUUCUUUUCAC